AUGCUUCGAGGGUGCGGAGACAGUGACAGCUUACCGGAGCCGUUGAGCAAACAUCUAAAGAUGGUGCCUGGUGGAAGAAAGCAUUCUGGGAAAUCAGGGAAGCCACCUUUGGUUGAUCAGCCUAAAAAAGCCUUUGACUUUGAGAAAGAUGAUAAAGAUCUGUCUGGUUCAGAAGAAGAUGUUGCCGAUGAAAAGGCUCCAGUAAUUGAUAAACAUGGAAAGAAAAGAUCUGCAGGGAUAAUUGAAGAUGUUGGAGGUGAAGUACAGAAUAUGCUGGAAAAAUUUGGAGCGGACAUCAACAAAGCUCUUCUUGCCAAGAGGAAAAGAAUAGAAAUGUAUACCAAAGCUUCUUUCAAAGCCAGUAACCAGAAAAUUGAGCAAAUUUGGAAAACACAACAAGAGGAAAUACAGAAGCUUAACAAUGAAUAUUCUCAGCAAUUUAUGAAUGUGUUGCAGCAGUGGGAACUGGAUAUACAGAAAUUUGAGGAACAAGGAAAAAAACUAUCUAAUCUUUUUUGACAACAACAAAAGAUUUUCCAGCAGUCUAGAAUUGUUCAGAGCCAGAGAAUGAAAGCAAUCAAACAGAUACACGAGCAGUUCAUAAAGAGUUUGGAAGAUGUGGAAAAGAAUAAUGAUAAUCUAUUUACUGGCACACAAAGUGAACUUAAAAAAGAAAUGGCUAUGUUGCAAAAAAAAGUUAUGAUGGAAACUCAGCAGCAAGAGAUGGCAAAUGUUCGAAAGUCUCUUCAAUCCAUGUUAUUCUGAUGAGUCUUUGAAGA